UUCUCAGUCGUUGAAGUGACGGGUUCAGGUGCGGCAGUUGUUGCUUUGCUAAAAGCUUAAAGAGUCUAGACUUUAGCGUCUCGUUCGGAUAUAGUCGGAUGUAGCUUGUUUACACCUAUUUGUUGUACUUGCAACACUACAAUUUGCCACACAACAAUUUCGUGCAAUUAUUCGACACGCAAAUUGCAAAUGACUCAACCAAAUUAUCAAUAAAAAUUAGUUUAAUUUUUAUUUAUGUAUGCGUAAUCUAAUAAAUUACUACAAAUAACAAGAAAAAAAGUAAAAGUGUUAGUGUGUGUGUGUAUGUGUCGAUAAGCAUUUGUGUGCUUGCUGCUGUUAUACGGGCAAACAACAGUUAUACAAACCACAGAAAAAAAACCUUAAUCAGUCUAUCGGUCAGUCGUUCUGUCGUUCGGUCAAUCAUGAAGCUGCUACUCAAAGUGCACGGCGAGCGAACAGCGCGAAAUCGUCGAACACCUGAACGCACCUACAGAGCAGCAUCCGCAACAAGAAUCAACAGCAGUAACAAUCCGAGUAACAGUAAGAGUAACAGCAGCAAAAAGCAGAAAUCGAUGCGUUUGACACGAAAUACGAUUUUACUGAUGCUGCUGCUGCUUUUGGUGCUGAUAACGGCGAUUGUGAUUGUGUUUGUGGAGCUGAAUCGCACACAUGUCGGCGAACUGGCAUUGGCCAAUAAAUCCAUCUACUUUGGCAACACCUACGAGGAUGGCACGUUUCCAAAUUUAGGAAAUGGUCAUCUCGUUAUCGAGCGUGUACAAUGGGGCACCUCCGAAACACCCAUAAAGCUAAAAAGACCGUUACAUCGGCCAGUUCCCUAUGUGCUCAUCACACACAUUGGAGUGCAGUCUGUGCCAUGCUACAAUCUCUACAAAUGCUCCAUCAAAAUGAGAACGAUACAGGAUGCGGCAAUUGCCGAGAAGAAUCUACCCGAUAUACAGUCCAAUUUUUAUGUUUCCGAUGAGGGCAACAUUUAUGUGGGACGUGGCUGGGACUGGGCCAACACGUAUGCCAAUCAAACACUGGCCAUUACUUUUAUGGGCGACUAUGACCGAUAUAUUCCAUCAAGCAAACAGCUUGAGGGUGUUCAAUACCUUCUUGCCCAUGCGGUGGCCAAUCACAAAUUGGAUUUCAACUACAAGCUGGUCGCCCAAAAUCAGACGAAAACAUCGAGAAGCCCUGGCAUCAAUGUGUAUCGUGAGAUAAGUAAAUGGCGCCAUUUUUAUCCCUGCGAUAAAAAACUGGGACCCAGAUGUGGCAUGGAACUGGGCAUGACGGAUGCCGCCUGGAAUAGUAACCAGUAACUGUACAAUGGAGAUAACUGAUUGCAAUCAGAAACAGACUUUAAGCCAAGCUUUAGUAUUAAGACGACAACUGUGCAACAAAUAUGAAAAAAUGUAAACCAAAUAAACAAA